UGGAGUACAGGAUGCUGCGCGAUGGAUGCUGAGACGCUGCUUCCUGCGUAACACUGUCACUGUGGAGCAGCUAAAAAGACAGCGGAAAAGGAACAACAUCUGCCCGGACCAUCAGGUGGACAAUGACCACGUCUGGUGGCGCCCCGGGGCAGGACCUCACAGAUGAGGAGAAGGAGAUCAUUAACAGCGUGCUGGCCCGCGCCGCCAUGAUGGAGGCCAAGGAGCAGGAGAGGAUUGAGCGUCUCUCCAACCGACUGGACGAAAUCAAGAAGACGGCUUGUGGCGAUGGACAGUCACAUUGUCUGCUGUGCGGGACGUCCUUUGGACCACAAGGGGUCACAGCUGUCCUCUGUGUGCAAUGUAGAAAACACAUGUGUAGCAAAUGUGGGGUUUGGAGCAACGACCGGACAAGUCCCACGUGGAUGUGCCAGAUCUGCCACGAACACCAAGAGGUACAGAAACGUUCGGGAGCUUGGUUCUUUAAGGGACGAGAGCAGCAGGCUCUGCCAACAUCGCUGCCUCUGGCCAGACCUGGACAGCCCACCACGGAGAGCUCUGGUCCAGGAGAAGCAAGUGGUUCACAGGACCCAAGAACAUACCAUGAGGGAUACGAGCUCAGGGCACAGCCCCAGCAGAAGCAAUCCUGUGGACCAGAACAAUGGGAGCAGACAGCAAUAAAAACAGCUGACAGCUGUAAUGAGGCUCACUCUAGUCAGGCAGCUGUAAUGAAGGCGGAGAGACACGUGUUCGCUUCCGAACCACCUCAGGGAAGCACACCACAGACGGGCACCACCGAAGGUCCUGGGGAAGUGGAGGAGAAACAUUCAGAGAGGGUGGAGAUGGUGUCCCGUCCAGCUGUUGAUAUAAAAAGACAACCUGUCUCAUCUCGUAUUCCUGCAGCCGGUAUUACUCCACCUGCCAACAACCCCACACCUCCGAGACCCCCGCCUGAUCCCACAGAGGAUGAGGGGGAUGACUAUGACUCGGACGAUGCCACCACUCUGGGAUCUCUGGAGUUCAGUCUGCUCUAUGAACAGGAGAUCCACGCCCUGCACUGCUGCAUCAUUAAAGCGAAGGGAUUGAAGCCGAUGGACUCGAAUGGACUUGCAGACCCGUACGUUAAGCUGCACCUGCUACCUGGAGCCAGUAAGUCCAACAAGCUUCGCACCAAGACGAUCAAGAACACCCUGAAUCCCGUGUGGAAUGAGACUCUGGUCUAUCACGGCAUUACUGAUGAAGAAAUGUCACGCAAAACUCUCAGGCUUUCAGUGAGCGACGAAGACAAGUUUGGGCACAAUGAAUUCAUCGGAGAGACACGAGUCGCCCUGAAGAAACUCAAGUUUACCCAGAAGAAGAACUUCAGCGUUUGCUUGGAGAGAGUGAUCCCGGUAAAGAAAGCUGCCGGAGGAUCAGUCCGUGGAAUGGCGCUCUACGAGGAUGAUGUAAAGGAAGGCGAGGACUCAGAGGAGAGGGGGCGUGUCCUGAUAUCACUGACGUACAACAGUCAGCAGAGUCGUCUGAUAGUGGGCGUGGUCCGAUGUGCUCACCUGGCGGCCAUGGACUCCAACGGAUACUCCGAUCCCUUCGUGAAAAUAUGUCUAAAGCCAGAUAUGGGAAAGAAAGCAAAAAACAAGACGCAGAUUAAGAAGAAGACCCUGAACCCAGAGUUCAAUGAGGAGUUCAGUUAUGAAAUAAAACAUGCUGACCUGGCCAAGAAAACUCUUGAUGUCUCGGUCUAUGACUACGACAUGGGAAAAUCCAAUGAUUUCAUUGGCGGGUGUCGGUUGGGCAUCCAGGCUAAAGGUGAGUGUUUGAAGCACUGGUACGAAUGCCUCAAGAACAAAGACAAGAAGAUUGAGCGCUGGCAUGUCCUGUUAAACGACGACACCGUCCAGUUCGAGGACUGAAACGUCUUCAGUGUGAUUUCUUUUUGUGAUCGUGUCCCUCCUGAAUGUUGUUCUCCAGUUGGUGCAGUUUUAAUGACUCCUCCUUUUACUUCUGUUUAGUUUUUUGUCCCAAAGGACAACGCGAAAGCCAGGUUUCCUGCGACCGAGACGGAUGUUGACCUCAGAGCUUUUCAAAGAUAUGAUUGAUGCCCGACAAGCUGAGAAGCUUAUCACAUCAUUAACUCUACCAUGUCAUAAGUAAACAUCUGAAAUAAGUGAUUAUCUUAUCUUGAAGAGAAGAUAAAGUCUUUAAUCUGACUGUCAUUAAGUCGGCGUGUUGUGAUUAGGAGUGCAUCUCCGCUCGUGGGAAUUCCCGACUUUUUUUCAGACCUUUUUUCCCCAUCAUGUCAUUCUGGUGAACACGUCAUCUGAGGGCAGAGAGGUCAGCAUUCCUGUCGUGUGUCAUCACUUCAUAUAAGAUGAUGUUAUUUCUGUCUGUGCAUGACCAAGAAAAAGAAAAAAGAAAGAAAGAAAUGAUGAUUUUAUCAUGUUACUGUGGAUAACCUUCGUUCUCUCUGCAUUUGUUGACUACUGCUGGGUGUUUAAUGCUGCGUACAUAUUAGUGCAGAUAUAUCACCUCCUCAUGUUCACGUAUGAGCAGCAGAACGUCUGAGGCCCAAAAUGCUUCUGCAUGACAUUUCAAUAUCAAAUUACCAUCAGAUCACAUCAGGCAAUGCUGAAAGUGGCAUCACAGAGAAAUAGUGGAUGCUGCACGUUGAUGCCAGGUUAGACGUUCCUCUGUCUUGACUCUUGUCGAUGCAUGUCUGGACUCAUGUUUAUGCACUCACAUUGGUUAAUAAAUAAAGACAUGAUGACGAUGCUGGCGCUUCAUUUCAUCUGUCCUUGAUAUUAUUUGUGUGACAUGGCACAAACUUUGUCUGAAUCAGGCGACUUUGAGCCCAUCAGCUCAGGCCGACACGCAGCGGAGAAUAUGGUGAACUUUGCCUUCUCCUGAUAAUGUUUUCCCUCCAAGUGGGUGAAAGUUGAGAGGCAGGCUGCACCGUCUGACCUUGAGGCCGACCUGGUGUAAAUGAAAAGAUACGCCUGGCAGGAGGUGAACAUUCAGAGCCCUCGGAGGAGAUCGGAAAGCCGGUUUCAUCACUUAUCUGGAGAAGUAAACUUAAGAGUUUGCUGUAAAACUGCAUUUUCAGCUCCAAAAAGCAUGUGGUAUGUCAUCACCAUGGAAACCUAACUUAGAGGAACAUUCAAGAGUUAAAUCAAUGUCGGCUCUGUUUAUGCUCCUUUGAUGGUCAAUAUUUGUUUGUUGAUGUCAGUCGUCACCGCCUCCUAGUAGACGUGUUACUUAGCAACCAUACAAAUACACGACAGGGAGGAACGUGAGGUACUGAUGGGAACAACUUUUGAAACAGGCAGAUGUAGGUGUAUAAAAUGAAGCAUAAAGUACGGUUGAACCUUCAUUUGGAACCAAAAGGAUGUUAAUCAAAGCGGUUUUGUGUGAGAACGGAUUAUAGUUAUAAUGUCAGCAACGUCAAAAUAAAAGACUAUUGUAAGCAACUGACAAGAGACUGUUUAUUAGUCAACAUUUGCAUCUUCCUUCAUCUUGGGUGAUAAACUAAAGGUUGUGACAGAAAGAACGAGAUUGCAAAUACAAGCAGCUGAAAAGACUUUCCUGCGCAGGGUUUUUGUAGUCUCCAUCAGAGAUGGGGA